GAAAUAACAAUUGCCAUUUCUUGUGCUAGAAUUGGCAAAGUUAAAAUUUGGCAGGCGAAAUGACAACCCAUUGGAGAGCCUAUUUGAAGCCCAUUUGCUAUAUUUUACAAGUAACCGCCCAAAUAGCAUUGGGUUGGAGAUGCUCACCCAUUAAAAUAUAAAAAAAUUGAGAUCUUAAAAUUUUCUCUUUUUCUUUUCUUUUCUUUUUAUUUUUUUUUAUAUUUUUUUUAUUAUUAUUAUUUUUUUUCCACUUUCUUUUGGGAGCUAUUUAUUUAUUUUCUGUUUUUUCUUAUCAUUUUCCCCCCUUCUUCUUAAUUCUCUCCUCCCGUCUUUCCACACAGUGUCCACCGGAACGUUACCUCGACUGAGAUAAGUUUCGAAAUGCCUCGUCUUGUUCGGAUACUUGUCACCGACGGUGAGGCGACGGACUCAUCGAGCGACGAGGACUGUACUAGCGGAGGGAAGACCCAUAUUACUGAGAUCAAACUUCAAACCGGUUGCAACCAUACAGAGGAUAAAAAAGACAGUGGCAGCAAAAAGUUUCGCGGCGUUCGGCAGCGCCCAUGGGGAAAAUGGGCGGCAGAGAUUCGAGAUCCGUCGCGGCGAGCUAGGGUUUGGUUAGGGACCUACAACACUGCUGUAGAGGCCGCCUUAGCUUAUGACGAAGCUGCUAUCCGAAUACGAGGACCCGACGCCCUAACAAACUUCCUGAAACCUCCGACUCUGACCGUGCAAGCAGCAGAACAGCAGAAGUUAGAGAAUAGCUGUUCAAAUAUAGUUUCUCCAAGCACACCUGGUGAAAGUUUGCAUGUGGCUAUGGUUACAAGUUAUGGAGGAUGUAAUGGCGGAGAUGCAAUGAUCGGACUUGCAAGGAUUUUCAUCUCCAUUGAACAGGAAACAAAUAAUUCUCAACAAGUUUUUGCUAGGGAUUAUAGUACCUAUGCUGAAUAUGUUACCUUGUUUGAUGAUUCUGCAUCAUUAUGUAGGGGGAAAACAUUGAGAAACAUUAUUGUAUCCCCAUUAAUAAUUGAUGCAUCCGUAUUGGACCCUGGUGCACAUGUUUUUUAUGCUGGAGAUAGCAAGAUAAACAUCACUGCAGUGUAA